AUGGCGAGUGAUCAAAGUUUAUCUUUUUGUCUUUGUGGUUGCGAUUCACCGGCCAUGAGCGAUGUGGACGACCCUCCGAGCGAGCCGUGCUGCUGCUGCGACUACAAUCCCUACGAUGACGACUCCGAGGAAUCGGAAAUUCGUGACCUCUCGUUUGCGCUUCGUAAACUCACCAUUAUGAAGUGUCAAAUGAAAAAAUGGCGAAUGGAACGUCUUCAAUUAGAGAGCGAGUGCAGGUCCUUAAAAGAGACUCUUCAAUCUUUGGGUGUCAACACCGAAGAAGGCCUUAAAACCGAUCCUCUGAUCGUUCACUUCCGAGGAGAGAACAUCCGAUUACAAAGCAUUAACGAGCUUCUCGAGGAAAAAGUUAAAGCGCUGGAGGAAAUCGUGGCUGAACGAGAUCUGGAAGAGGAUUCUUGCGAACGUGUACAGAUGUUGAGAGAUAAAAUGAGAAUGUGGAAGGAUCGAUAUUUUGACGACAAAAGAAAGUACUGGCUAGUUCACGGUCUAAAUAAUCAAAGAUAA